AUGAAAGAGUACGUAUACUUCCUUUUCUGUGCAAUAGUAAUGUAUUGUUGUGUGUAUAGUUCAACAAACACAACCACAUCUAACUUGGAGUCUAUAAAAGUGUAUAAUGAUGUGGAUGAAAAUAUAGACAGAUUAUUAACAAUGGUAGAAGGAAAGUCCAAAAAACGACUGGAUAUGUGGAAAAACUUCCAUGCGAGAAAAGUUAAUUUUGUUUUAGUUACUGAGAGUGUGUUUAUAGAAAAGACUACAAAGAAAGAAGACCGCAUUAUUAUAGCAGAUAAAAAUUCAAUUUUCAAGUUUUCAGGUAAGCGCCGGUAUAAUGACAAUCCUUCAUGGAGAUCAAUUAAUUUCUCACAGUUUGGCAUUUUACACACUGUAUUGUUUAUAAUAGAGCCAACUAUGGAGAGCCCUGAUGAAGAAUUUAAUUAUUGCAUUAAAUGCAUACUCUUUUCCUUAACACUUAAAGACUUUACAGAAAAAAAUAUAGAAGAUCAUGGCUUAAAAAGAAAGAAUACUAACUUGCAAACAAAUAUAGAAAAUUGCAUAGAGGUUCUUAGCCACAACAAGAAUCUUGAGCUGUGCUCUGAAAAACUAGAAAAAAAAGCUAAAAGAAAAAGUAAAAUAGAAUGUGAAGAUCAUUUAAAUAACUGCAUUAACAGGUACAUAAUAAAUAUGCAUGCCAAUAUAAGAAAGUUUGGGCAUAGUAAGCUCCAGAAGAUACAAAAGCACGAGAUUAAAGAAUAUCUCCAAAAGAAUAUAAAUAUACAUUCAAAGUAUUUGCAGAAUAAAAUAGAAAAAAUCACAGACACACGCGAAGCAGCCCAUAGAAUAUUUCUAGAUUACAUGGAAAGCUGUUUGCAGCGCAAAACAAAUAUAAUAAGAAGAACAGUUUAUAAUCCAGAGCGAAUGGAAGAGGCGGUAGAGCCGGUGUUUAGGCAGAUAUGCUGUAAGUGCAUUGAUUUUAAAACAACUAGGAUGCAGACAUAUAUGUGCUAUGAAAAUCCUGCUGGUAGCACUAUAAUUGCAAUAAAGUUCUUUUUAAAAAAUCCAUUCAUAAGAAUGGAUUUCAGGACAAUAAACAUUAAUAUAAUUGACAUGCGGAAAGGCAUGCUAGCCAGGGCAAACCGACUAACACAUAAUCAGAAUGAGAAAAUACUUAUUUUAUUUCAGAAGAUGGUAAUUGUAUUAGACACUAUAAAUUUAAUAUUCAGCAGCGAUGAACUUCGGGAGAACAGUAUAGAAAAAAUAGAGGAAAUAUGUAAAGAUAUUCACAAUGUAUUUGUUGAGGCGUAUAGUCAAACCAUUCCUAACUUUACAGCAAAGGACAUUUACUUAGAUAUGUAUAAGCUGCUAGCGUCUUUUUAUAAAAAACUUCCGUAUUCGUAUGUUCAGCUUUUUUCAACUAAAGAACCCACAGAAACUUUUUCGGUAAAGAAGAACUAUCAGUUAGUUGGAAAGAGCAUUUUUAACGACCAAAGAUACCAGAAGUGGGAAAUAGAUAUUAGCAAGAAUUCUCUAGAAAGCGAAGGCGCAUUGAAGCACACAAUAUCAAAUAUAAAGUGCACAGAAAAGUUCUAUGCUUGUGAUGGAAGCGUAAAAAAGGCAAUGCACUACCAUGUGCACUAUGUAGACAACACACAGCACAAAUAUGAGCGGAUUUGCAUUCCCUAUUACUACAAAGAAGACAAGAAGCCUAUUUGUGUGCACACUGUGGCUGACAUUAUCACAUACAUAAUGGGAAUAAAGGAUGUAGUGAAGGCAGAUAUCCACCCAUAUAUUAUGAACAUAGAAACAAACAAAUGGUCUAAAGUUAAGCAACCAGAGACUAUUAUGAUGGACCGUAUUGAAAGAAACUUUUUUAUUGUUUUUUAUCACGUUUUGAAUGAUUGCGCGAAGGAUGGAGUCUUCUUUGUUGAGCUUCCUACUAAGAAAGAAGCGGAAGUAAAGCUUCCACUGUUUUUAUCGCGCGUGGAGGCUGCCUUAUGUUGCACAGAAGAGUUAUUGGUGGCCAUGAAAGAGACUAUAAUGCACUCUUUAGAUCUUGAAGGGGCCUGCCCAUUUGUUUUAACAAACACAGAAUCGGCUAUGUGGAGUAAUCCUUUCAUCAGAGCCUUUUAUGAUAAUUUGGUGAUUUCCAGCAUCUGCAGCAUAGAAAAUUUGCAAUGUUUAGUUAUGAAUGCCUCGCUAUGCGUGGAUUCAGACGGUGAGCGAGUUACGUGGAUGGUUAAGUAUCCAUAUAAUGCAAAUGAGUAUAAUUUCUGUCUACUAAGCAAUGUGUCUCUAAAGCAGCUUAAUAUGGAGUUUGAUCUGCAGAAUACUAUAGCAGGUAUGUGCGUGUCCUCCAUCAUGGAGUUGCCCAGAAACAUAGAAGUUGUUGGUCGCCAUCAAUCAGGUAAACAUUUUUAUCUACAAGGGAAUGAACUCAUAAACUACCUAGAGAAGCUUAUUAAAGACAAGAAAAAAACAUUAUGCCCUGAGAUUGACGCCCCUCGGCAGAUGCAGAUUGAAAUUAUACAAACAGAUCCAUCAAUAGCUGGCACUUUUAACAUGCAUCAGUACUUUUUAAAAUGCAUAGCAGGGCUCCAGUGGAUAGAAUAGCUGGCGUGCACAGAAAAAUACUUACCAUUACUAUAAUCAUAUCCACAAGUGCCGUCCAGC